UCUAAGUCCAACUGGGAGGAAGGGGUAAAGGAGCAACAUUGCAAAUAGUUGUUUGCUUUCCUGAGAUGGAAACACACUGUUGAUUAGUAGAAUCAGAAAAAUGGCUAAGCGCACCUUUUCCCCCUUAGAGAUAUUCCUGAUUUUCCUCCUUGUGAUGAUGACUGCCAUCACAGUAGCGCUUCUCAGCCUCUUGUUUGUCACCAGUGGGACCAUCGAGAACCGCAAAGAUUCAGGAGAUCAUGGUUUGUUAACCACCCAGGAUCCCAUAGACACUCAAACCACUCCCGUGAUUAGUACCCCGGAGCCUCCUCUAUUUCAGAACUUCAGUGGCUACCAUAUAGGUGUUGGGCGAGCUGACUGCACCGGACAAGUAUCAGAUAUUCUUUUGAUGGGCUAUGCCAAAAGUGGCCAGUAUGCACGGGGUCUCCUCACAAGGCUGUAUAGCCGGGCUGUCAUCCUGGCAGAACCAGAUGGAUCAAAUCGAAUUGUGUUUGUCAGUGUUGAAUUAGGCAUGAUGUCACAACGACUCAGGCUGGAGGUCCUGAGCAGAUUGAAGAGUAAAUAUGGGUCCCUCUACAGAAGAGAUAAUGUUAUCCUGAGUGCCACUCACACACACUCGGGUCCAGCUGGGUAUUUCCAGUACACUCUAUUUCUCAUAGCCAGUGAAGGAUUUAGCAAUCGGACCUUUGAAUACAUUGUUUCUGGUAUUGUGAAGAGCAUUGACAUAGCACACACAAAUAUGAAACCUGGGAGAAUAUUUAUUAAUAAAGGAAGUGUUGAUGGUGUGCAGCUCAACCGAAGCCCUACUUCUUACCUUCAGAAUCCACAAUUUGAGAGACUAAGGUAUUCUUCAAACACAGACAAAGAAAUGGUGCUCUUGAAAAUGGUAGAUCUAAAUGGAACCGACUUGGGCCUUAUCAGCUGGUUUGCCAUCCAUCCAGUCAGCAUGAACAACACCAACCACCUAGUGAACAGUGACAACAUGGGCUACGCAGCUUACCUUUUUGAGCAAGAGAAGAACACAGGAUAUCUACCUGGACAAGGACCAUUUGUUGCAGCCUUUGCUUCAUCAAACCUAGGAGACGUGUCCUCGAACAUUGCUGGACCUCAUUGUACUGACACAGGGGAGUCUUGUGAAAAUGCCCAGAGCACUUGUCCCAUUGGCGGGCCCAGCAAGUGCAUGGCUCAUGGUCCUGGAAAAGACAUGUUUGAAAGCACACAGAUUAUAGGGCGGACCAUUUACCAGAAAGCAAUGGAACUCUAUGUCUCUGCUUCCAAAGAGGUGACGGGACGCGUGGCUACGGCUCACCAGUGGGUGAACAUGACCGACCUGAGCAUCCAGCUCAAUUCCACACACACAGUGAAGCUAUGUAAACCAGCCUUGGGCUACAGUUUUGCAGCCGGCACCAUCGAUGGAGUUUCAGGCCUCAAUAUUACACAGGGGACAACCAAACCAGAUCCCUUUUGGGACAUCCUUCGGGACCAGCUCCUGGGCAGACCAUCUGAUGAAAUAAAAGAAUGUCAUAAGCCAAAACCAAUAUUACUUCACACUGGAGAGCUAUCCAUACCUCAUCCGUGGCAUCCAGAUAUUGUUGAUGUUCAGAUAAUUACUCUUGGGUCCUUGGCCAUAGCUGCUGUUCCUGGAGAAUUUACGACCAUGUCUGGACGAAGAUUUCGAGAGGCAGUUCAAGCAGAAUUUUCAUCUUACGGGAUGAAGGGCAUGACUGUUGUGAUUGCAGGCCUGUGUAAUGUGUACACACAUUACAUUGCCACGUACGAAGAAUACCAGGCUCAGCGGUAUGAGGCAGCAUCUACAAUUUAUGGGCCUCAGACUUUGUCUGCUUAUCUCCACCUCUUUAAAGCCCUGGCUAAGGCUAUUGCUACGGAUACAGUAGCCAACAUGAGCAGUGGUCCAGAGCCUCCAUUUUUCAAGCAUCUAAUACCUCCAUUAAUUCCUAAUACGGUGGACAGAACACCAAUAGGCAGAAAUUUUGGGGAUGUCUUGCAGCCAGCAAAAUCUACAUACAAAGUGGGAGAAGUUGCUGAAGUUGUAUUUGUAGGUGCAAACCCAAAGAAUUCAGCGGAGAACAGGACCCAUGAGACCUUUCUCACUGUGGAGAAAUAUGAAGACACUACUUCAACCUGGCACAUACUGUAUAAUGACGCCUCCUGGGAGACACGGUUUUACUGGCACAAGGGAUUAUUUGGUCAGAGUAAUGCAACGAUAGAAUGGCAUAUUCCAAUUACUGCUCAACCUGGAAUCUAUAGAAUAAGAUACUUUGGACACAUCCGAAAGCUGGAAAUUCUGAAGCCUGAAGUCCUACUUGCAUUUGAAGGCACUUCUCCUUCUUUUGAAGUCAUAAUUACUUAAUGAAAAGUUGACAGAUAUUUGAAGAACAGCUUUAUUCUGUACAUCCUAGAACUAUUCCACAUGAAUGUGAACUCCAUUUUGACUUCUAUAAUUGCCUCUGCUUGGGGACAAAUAGUUUACUGCUAAUGGGACAAGUGUGUGUGUGUGUGUGUGUGUGUGUGUGUGUGUGUGUGUGUGUGUGUAUGUUCUGAGAGAGAGGGGCAGAGAGAGAGAGAGAGAGAGGUCCCAUUACUUUCUCCAGCAGCCAUGCACCAUGUUCUACAGCCUAAAGCAUGAUUUCUUUUGAGGCCUUACAAGUCCCUUCAUUCUGAAAUCUGUGAAAUGUUAGUGAGAAUGUUUAAAGAUGUGUGAGCAGUGUUAGUGUUUGAACUAUUUAUUUAUAGAAUUAUUGAAUGUUAGCACUAGAGAUGAUCGAGGAACUUUCCUUGAUUAAUCUUGGAUUGUACAGAUGGGAAACAAUGAAGUUGUAUGGACUUAACAUUACAAUAAGGUUUUAGAACAUUUCUCCCAAAUGCAUUUUAACAAUAUGGCAUAAUCAUAUCAUAAAAGUAUGAGCUCAAUUAGAGAAAUGCAAAAACUAGCAUGACAUUUUUUUGAGCAUUCAGAUUAACACAGCCCUUCAAAGCAGUCACUCUGGAGUUAAUAUUGCCUAGUUUAGAGUAGUUGUUGAUGCUCGAAUCAUUUCUGGAAUUGCCUUCAGAGCCCAGUUUUGAAGAAAUCAAUCUUGCAAAUAUUUGAUUAUGCCUUGUAUUUCUCUAAGUGUCCUUCUCUCACUAGACUGUGUCUCAUAUUUCUAAGACAUACUCUAUUUUUUUCUUUACUAUUUUUGCCAAUCAAAUUUACCUUCAUCCACAAAGAAUAUCAUUAAUGUAGAUUUAAAAAUAAAUUGUUAUUGGUUGGGAAGGCAGUCCUUAAGAGGAAUCCUAAAUUCAUGCAUCAUUGUUUUUUUAUUCAAUCCGCAGCUUAUCAGUCAUGCACCGAUCCAUUCAUGGAUAGUAUAUUAAUAAAGUCGUGUCAAUCAUUGUGCUUGUUUCUAGUCUUGACAAUUAGUGAGAUCAUAUUUGAACUGACAGUAACCACUGACUAUUUUGCCUAUUCAACUUGAUACAUUUAUUCUAGAGAAACAUUACAUGUUACUGACGUUCAAGUCUCAUACUGUAUACCUUCUAUACAGAAGAAAGUAGCUCCAGACAGUUGGCUAAAUACUAUUUUGAAGGAUAUUUGCAAAUUGUGAAGUGUCCCAAGAAUGAGAUAUGACAAGUCAACAUCAACUGCCUGAAAAUAAAUUGCAUUUGAAAUUACUGAGUUAGCUAUGAGCUCCCAGACUGCAAAAUAAAUUCCCAAACCCCAAUCCAUACUUUUGCAUGUGUAUGAAAGCUUAUAGCAUUUUAGGAGUAAAAAAAUCAAUGUCUAUUUCAAAAAUAAACUAAGGUUUGAAAAAUAAUGAUUUGAAUAAUCAUAUUAUGAAUGUUCAUUUAUGUAAUAAUUUACCCAUCUAAACAUGAGCGAUUGAAUUUGAAUGAACCUAAAAUAGGUUUGGGUGAAUCAGUCUUCUUGUCUGUCAAAGGGUGUUCCUAAGGAAUUGAAUUGCUGAGAGACUAGCUAAUCAGGAUUUCUAAAGUUUGUGAUCACUUUUCUUAAUGACAACAUUGUAAUUAGUAUAUACACUUAGGGGCCUAAAGGAACAGAUGAUUUUGAAAGCAUUUGAGUUUAUACAAAUUAUAUGUUUAGUUAUAAUAAAGUUUAAAAGGGUAUUCUUCAUUUUUCAUAAGAAUUUAUGAUUUAUUUACCAUGGCCUCCAUUUCUCCCACUGAAACGUCCUCUAGAAUGAGUGCCUCUGGCAACAGUGUGAAGGUGGUCAUUGUGUCACUAAUAAACCUUAUCGCCUCUGCCUUCCCAAAACCAGUACUCAUAGCCUUAGAAAAACCACAGAAAGCUAUUUUCUCAUGAGUCAUCAUUUCUUCCAGCCUAUGUAGCUCCAAUUUUUUUUUUUGCAGUUUGUAUAAAUUAAAACAGGUCCCUGUGUUAUAGAUGCUGUAGAUAUCACCUGAGCAUAAAAGACAGUACCCUAGAAAGUAACUGAUUUGAUCUAGUAGUCUAAAAUCUGGUAGUCUAAAAACAUGGAUCCAGUUUUUGUCUAUGUCUGCUUCUGGGAAUGGAUCAUUGGAAUAAAUGAUGUGGAGAAACCUCCUGAAAAUGGAGAAUGUGAAAAGUGGUGGGUUGGGUUUAUGGGAGUAGUAUUUUGGAAACAACUUCGUUUCUCGUGACGGUAUCUUGUUUUAUUUGUUGCACUUACCUACUUUGAUUUUAAGGAAACUGUGACUUCUUAAGGAAAAAAAAACAAGAAACUGAAUGAUUCCUCUUCUGUGCCUAUUAUUUUUCAUGAGUAUUCUAUAAAGUUGUUAACAUUUAAUAGAAGAGUUCAAAAUAAAUUAAG